CGUAUCUCGAUUCUAUUUUCCAGCCUGGAAAAUACACUCGAGAAGCUGCCGAGUCUUGAGAUAUUUAGCGCAGUUGGCGCAGCGAUCGUGCCGCGCCAUGAUGGACUGCAUUCAACAGCCUGAUAUUUAUAGAUUGUUAUAGAUGUAGGAAUAUUGGCGAAGCUUCUUACGAAUCUGCAAAAGCUUUCGGUAUCAAUAACUGUUUUUUACGUUCACUUCAGCGUCUGUCUGAUGACCGUUGGAUCCGAUUUGACGAGCAUGAUGGUGCGGUAAUACAUUAUUACAACAAACACUACGACGAAGACGAUGAGGAUAACGGUAUUCUUGAGUACGGCGUAUAGCGAACAUCUCGUCGGCUGGUUCCGCCGGGAAAAUCACAGGAAUUCUAAUGUAAGAUCCGAGACCAGCUGUGCCACUCGCUCGAGUCUCGCUCGAAUCAGAUCUUUAUUAGUUCCGUCGUAACGCGUUUCUCUCCGCUUGGUGUCGUGUCGUGUCGUGUUUUUGGUAACGUUGCUGUUUGUCGUCGUGAUGAGCCGAAUCGAGAAUGCUAACAACGCCAACCGUAAUGACGUGAUCCAUUAUCCUUUGCUUGCCUAGAGCCAUGGAAAGUGAGAGAAAAAAGGAAGAAAAGAGGAAAGGAAUAAUACUUUCGUCGUAUUUUUUCGCGAGUGGUGAGUGAUAGCUCGAAAUCGGAGACACACCGUUCGACUUAUAGAAAGUUACAUGCACGAGAGAACUUUGUGGAAUGUUUUCUUGCCGGAAAUGUGAUUCCCGUUGGCAGUUGAGAUUAAAAAUCAAGUAUGCAGAGAGUAUGUAUGAAGUGCCCGUUCGCUUACAUCCAAAUCAAUUGAAUUAUGAAUCAUGAAUAAUGAAUUCAAUCACGACAAUAAUAUUAUUGAUGCAAGGAUAAUGAAGUAAAGUUAAAUUAUUGAGCCAUUGGUGAAGUUUUGGAAGAUGAUGUUCACUGGUGGUUCUCAUACGAAGAGGAGAAACGCCGGCAGUGGAUCGGGUUUUUCUGGAAGGAAAUCCUCUGUAGAUCAACGAAAUCUUUCAACGCGCAGUGUCGGAGCUGAAGGAUACAUAUACAGGACAAGAGUACCAACACUAAAUCCUACGGAAUUACCCUCGACAACUACGCAAAGCAAAAUAUACAUUUAUAGAACCAGAAUUCCAAGGAAAGAUCUUGCGGAGUCAACAAUGUCGACGUCUUCGCUGUUACGAGAGAACAACAUCGGACACGCUAUAACGAGAAGAAGGGGUGCUGUUAAACAUAACAAAGUGCACAUUGUACGAGGUCAUAAACUUGUAGCCAAGUUUUUUCGGCAACCAACAUUCUGCGCUUUUUGUAAAGAUUUUUUGUGGGGUUUUGGAAAACAGGGUUAUCAAUGUCAGGCGUGUCAAACGGCAGUACAUAAGAAAUGCCACGACAAAUUAUUAACUAAGUGUCCUGAGAGUGGAAGAGAAUCAGAAAAUACAAUAUAUUUGAGAGAACGUUUUAAGAUAGACGUUCCUCAUAGAUUUCGUACUCACACAUUCAUGUCACCGACUUUCUGCGAUCAUUGCGGCUCAAUGUUGUAUGGAUUGUUUCGACAAGGUUUAAGAUGCGACGAGGCAGUGCGAGAGUGCGUGCCAAUUUCCAGAGAGAAAAGUGCUGGAUCGGCGAGUCAUUACAUUGAUCAGAUCAGUGUUUGGCUGCAAAAUAAACUGUCCGUACAAGAUGCAAUGCAUGCAUUGUUGCAAGAGGCCAAUAUUUUGAACAAUAUCUGCAUUAAGCAAGUGACAACGUAA